AUGGGGCGCUGGCUCCCUGUUGUGCUCUCCACGCAUGGGGCGCUGGCUCGCUGUUGUGCUCUCCACGCAUGGGGCGCUGGCUCGCUGUUGUGCUCUCCACGCAUGGGGCGCUGGCUCGCUGUUGUGCUCUCCACGCAUGGGGCGCUGGCUCGCUGUUGUGCUCUCCACGCAUGGGGCGCUGGCUCGCUGUUGUGCUCUCCACGCAUGGGGCGCUGGCUCGCUGUUGUGCUCUCCACGCAUGGGGCGCUGGCUCCCUGUUGUGCUCUCCACGCAUGGGGCGCUGGCUCGCUGUUGUGCUCUCCACGCAUGGGGCGCUGGCUCGCUGUUGUGCUCUCCACGCAUGGGGCGCUGGCUCGCUGUUGUGCUCUCCACGCAUGGGGCGCUGGCUCGCUGUUGUGCUCUCCACGCAUGGGGCGCUGGCUCGCUGUUGUGCUCUCCACGCAUGGGGCGCUGGCUCGCUGUUGUGCUCUCCACGCAUGGGGCGCUGGCUCGCUGUUGAGCUCUCCACGCAUGGGGCGCUGGCUCGCUGUUGAGCUCUCCACGCAUGGGCGCUGGCUCGCUGUUGAGCUCUCCACGCAUGGGGCGCUGGCUCGCUGUUGUGCUCUCCACGCAUGGGGCGCUGGCUCGCUGUUGAGCUCUCCACGCAUGGGGCGCUGGCUCCCUGUUGUGCUCUCCACGCAUGGGCGCUGGCUCCCUGUUGUGCUCUCCACGCAUGGGGCGCUGGCUCGCUGUUGUGCUCUCCACGCAUGGGGCGCUGGCUCCCUGUUGUGCUCUCCACGCAUGGGGCGCUGGCUCCCUGUUGUGCUCUCCACGCAUGGGGCGCUGGCUCCCUGUUGUGCUCUCCACGCAUGGGGCGCUGGCUCCCUGUUGUGCUCUCCACGCAUGGGGCGCUGGCUCCCUGUUGUGCUCUCCACGCAUGGGGCGCUGGCUCCCUGUUGUGCUCUCCACGCAUGGGGCGCUGGCUCGCUGUUGUGCUCUCCACGCAUGGGGCGCUGGCUCGCUGUUGUGCUCUCCACGCAUGGGGCGCUGGCUCGCUGUUGUGCUCUCCACGCAUGGGGCGCUGGCUUGCUGUUGUGCUCUCCACGCAUGGGGCGCUGGCUCGCUGUUGUGCUCUCCACGCAUGGGGCGCUGGCUCGCUGUUGUGCUCUCCACGCAUGGGGCGCUGGCUCGCUGUUGUGCUCUCCACGCAUGGGGCGCUGGCUCGCUGUUGUGCUCUCCACGCAUGGGGCGCUGGCUCGCUGUUGUGCUCUCCACGCAUGGGGCGCUGGCUCGCUGUUGUGCUCUCCACGCAUGGGGCGCUGGCUCGCUGUUGUGCUCUCCACGCAUGGGGCGCUGGCUCGCUGUUGUGCUCUCCACGCAUGGGGCGCUGGCUCGCUGUUGUGCUCUCCACGCAUGGGGCGCUGGCUCGCUGUUGUGCUCUCCACGCAUGGGGCGCUGGCUCGCUGUUGUGCUCUCCACGCAUGGGGCGCUGGCUCGCUGUUGUGCUCUCCACGCAUGGGGCGCUGGCUCGCUGUUGUGCUCUCCACGCAUGGGGCGCUGGCUCGCUGUUGUGCUCUCCACGCAUGGGGCGCUGGCUCGCUGUUGUGCUCUCCACGCAUGGGGCGCUGGCUCGCUGUUGUGCUCUCCACGCAUGGGGCGCUGGCUCGCUGUUGUGCUCUCCACGCAUGGGGCGCUGGCUCGCUGUUGUGCUCUCCACGCAUGGGGCGCUGGCUCGCUGUUGUGCUCUCCACGCAUGGGGCGCUGGCUCGCUGUUGUGCUCUCCACGCAUGGGGCGCUGGCUCGCUGUUGUGCUCUCCACGCAUGGGGCGCUGGCUCGCUGUUGUGCUCUCCACGCAUGGGGCGCUGGCUCGCUGUUGUGCUCUCCACGCAUGGGGCGCUGGCUUGCUGUUGUGCUCUCCACGCAUGGGGCGCUGGCUCGCUGUUGUGCUCUCCACGCAUGGGGCGCUGGCUCGCUGUUAUGCUCUCCACGCAUGGGGCGCUGGCUCGCUGUUGUGCUCUCCACGCAUGGGGCGCUGGCUCGCUGUUGUGCUCUCCACGCAUGGGGCGCUGGCUCGCUGUUGUGCUCUCCACGCAUGGGGCGCUGGCUCGCUGUUGUGCUCUCCACGCAUGGGGCGCUGGCUCGCUGUUGUGCUCUCCACGCAUGGGGCGCUGGCUCGCUGUUGUGCUCUCCACGCAUGGGGCGCUGGCUCGCUGUUGUGCUCUCCACGCAUGGGGCGCUGGCUCGCUGUUGUGCUCUCCACGCAUGGGGCGCUGGCUCGCUGUUGUGCUCUCCACGCAUGGGGCGCUGGCUCGCUGUUGUGCUCUCCACGCAUGGGGCGCUGGCUCGCUGUUGUGCUCUCCACGCAUGGGGCGCUGGCUCGCUGUUGUGCUCUCCACGCAUGGGGCGCUGGCUCGCUGUUGUGCUCUCCACGCAUGGGGCGCUGGCUCGCUGUUGUGCUCUCCACGCAUGGGGCGCUGGCUCGCUGUUGUGCUCUCCACGCAUGGGGCGCUGGCUCGCUGUUGUGCUCUCCACGCAUGGGGCGCUGGCUCCCUGUUGUGCUCUCCACGCAUGGGGCGCUGGCUCCCUGUUGUGCUCUCCACGCAUGGGGCGCUGGCUCGCUGUUGUGCUCUCCACGCAUGGGGCGCUGGCUCCCUGUUGUGCUCUCCACGCAUGGGGCGCUGGCUCCCUGUUGUGCUCUCCACGCAUGGGGCGCUGGCUCCCUGUUGUGCUCUCCACGCAUGGGGCGCUGGCUUUUUGUUGUGCUCUCCACGCAUGGGGCGCUGGCUCCCUGUUGUGCUCUCCACGCAUGGGGCGCUGGCUCCCUGUUGUGCUCUCCACGCAUGGGGCGCUGGCUCCUGUUGUGCUCUCCACGCAUGGGGCGCUGGCUCGCUGUUGUGCUCUCCACGCAUGGGGCGCUGGCUCGCUGUUGUGCUCUCCACGCAUGGGGCGCUGGCUCGCUGUUGUGCUCUCCACGCAUGGGGCGCUGGCUCGCUGUUGUGCUCUCCACGCAUGGGGCGCUGGCUCGCUGUUGUGCUCUCCACGCAUGGGGCGCUGGCUCGCUGUUGAGCUCUCCACGCAUGGGGCGCUGGCUCGCUGUUGAGCUCUCCACGCAUGGGGCGCUGGCUCGCUGUUGUGCUCUCCACGCAUGGGGCGCUGGCUCGCUGUUGUGCUCUCCACGCAUGGGGCGCUGGCUCGCUGUUGUGCUCUCCACGCAUGGGGCGCUGGCUCCCUGUUGUGCUCUCCACGCAUGGGGCGCUGGCUCGCUGUUGUGCUCUCCACGCAUGGGGCGCUGGCUCGCUGUUGUGCUCUCCACGCAUGGGGCGCUGGCUCCCUGUUGUGCUCUCCACGCAUGGGGCGCUGGCUCCCUGUUGUGCUCUCCACGCAUGGGGUGCUGGCUCGCUGUUGUGCUCUUCACGCAUGGGGCGCUGGCUCCCUGUUGUGCUCUCCACGCAUGGGGCGCUGGCUCCCUGUUGUGCUCUCCACGCAUGGGGCGCUGGCUCCCUGUUGUGCUCUCCACGCAUGGGGCGCUGGCUCGCUGUUGUGCUCUCCACGCAUGGGGCGCUGGCUCGCUGUUGUGCUCUCCACGCAUGGGGCGCUGGCUCCCUGUUGUGCUCUCCACGCAUGGGGCGCUGGCUCCCUGUUGUGCUCUCCACGCAUGGGGCGCUGGCUCGCUGUUGUGCUCUCCACGCAUGGGGCGCUGGCUCCCUGUUGUGCUCUCCACGCAUGGGGCGCUGGCUCCCUGUUGUGCUCUCCACGCAUGGGGCGCUGGCUCCCUGUUGUGCUCUCCACGCAUGGGGCGCUGGCUCCCUGUUGUGCUCUCCACGCAUGGGGCGCUGGCUCCCUGUUGUGCUCUCCACGCAUGGGGCGCUGGCUCCCUGUUGUGCUCUCCACGCAUGGGGCGCUGGCUCCCUGUUGUGCUCUCCACGCAUGGGGCGCUGGCUCGCUGUUGA